AUGAAGCAGUUCCAGGUGUCCGACGAGACCAUACAGGAGUUCGAUGUGAAAGAGGCAACAUCGAUGGGUGAUGUGUGGGGCGCCUCUCAACUUCUGAGCCAGCAGGAUGCUGCCGAGUUCGAAGGGCGCAACCAAGCUGAGAGCGAUGUCAACCCUUUCUUGGGCCUGGGAUUUAUGCGGGUCUACUCCUCUUUGUCUUCGGAUGCUCCACUUACGGCCAUUGCAACAAGCAGGGAUGGUGUUCUGGGAAUGGCACAAGUCAAGAAAGACGGCUAUGUCCAAAACUUGGUGGUGCAACCGGAAGCCCGACGAAGCGGCGUUGCAACGCAGAUUAUCUGUUGGUGUGCUGCAAAGUCCAGACUCCGUGGAGCCCGGCAGCUUUGGAUGCAUGUGGAGUCCGGCAAUCAAGCUGCGCUGAACUUUUACAAGCGCCUGGGCUUUGAGGUGGUUUGCGAAGAACUCUAUCGAGAUCGGCUGGCGGUACGCUUGAGCAAAGAGCUGUGA